AUGGAUCCAUUGUGGGUCCAUAUGCAGGAGUCCUGGGCAAUAGCACAUGAACCAGGCAAGAGCAGUUUCGAAGACGAGACCGAAGUUCAAGGUCCAGUUGGACAUUCCUUGUUGGACGAGAGAGUUACGUCUGGUCUUGGAGAUGAUCAAAUCGGCCCAUUGGACAACGACGAUCGAGACGAAAUAGGCGGUUUGGCAGGUGUAUUCAAGGAUCUUUCUGUUGGCAUAGGCACGAGAAUCCCAUUGAGCACGGAGCUGGUAGAGAUCCCAUGGCAUGAAUCCGUUGUCAGCCAUGAUCCAGAAGUAGGUGAAGAAUCCAGCGGAGGCUUGGAUCAUACCGAUUUGUCCGUAGGCGACGGCUUGUUUGGAUACAUCAGAUCCAGCAAUUCCCAUAGCAACUCCGAUAUCGGCCUUCUUCAAAGCUGGCGAAUCGUUGACUCCGUCUCCGGUGACAGCCACAAUUUGACCCUGCUUUUGGAAUCCUUCGACGAUCAUGAGCUUCUGUUGUGGGGAGGUACGAGCAAAGACAAUUUCAGAGUGAUACUUGAUGAUCUCGGCAAGUUGAUCCUCGGACAUCUCACGAAGAUCAGAUCCGUGGAUAACGGCGGCCUUGGCUUCACGUGGGUCGACUUCCUCAACUGGAACUCCACGACGGAUAGCAAUAUCCUCAACAGUCUCGGUUCCCUCAGAAAUGAUUCCGACGGACUUGGCAAUAGCCUUAGCAGUAAUUGGGUGAUCUCCGGUAACCAUGACGACCUUGAUUCCAGCAGAACGGCACUUAGCGACGGCAUCUGGGACAGCGGCACGGGGUGGAUCAAUCAUAGACAUAAGUCCAACGAAUCUCAAGUUCUUCAAUGGGAAGUUGACCUCCUCAACGUCGAAUUUGAAUCCUUUCGGGAAUUUGUCGGAUGGCAGAAUAAAGUCACAGAAUCCAAGAACACGUUCUCCCAUUCCUCCCAACUCGAGGUAGGCGUUAUUGAACUCCUCACGGAGUUUGUCGGUGAGUUCAACUUCCUUUCCGUUCAAGAAGAUGGUAGAGCAGACAUCCAAAAUUCUCUCUGGAGCUCCCUUCAUCACAAGCAAGUAGUGAUCUCCGUUGUCGUGAACAGAGACUUGGUACUUGUUGGUGGAGUUGAAUGGAAUUUCAGCAAUCUUUGGAUUUCUUUCACGAACAGCGAGUACGUUUCCUUGGGUGAGUUCGGUGAACUUAAGAAGGGCGAUCUCGGAAGCAUCUCCGGUACAAUCACGACGAAGAACUGGGGUGUCUUGUUGUCCAGCCUUGAACUCGGCACGGUUACAGAGGGAGGCGAUGCGAACGAGAGCCUGAAAACUGAUUCAUUAGAGAAGGAACUCAAUAAAAUAGAAACUAACCUCAAAACUAGCUCCGGAUCUCUUUUCUUGGCUGACUUGAGUCUCGGUGGUGUCACACUCGUGGAUGGUUUGAUCGUACCACAUAUUCUUGACGAGGCAAUUCUUGCUGGCCAUUCUCUUGGCGGUGAGUGUAAGACACACGGUAACGGUGGCGAUCAAUCCUUCUGGUACGUUGGCGACGAUAAUACCGAUGAGGAAAACGACAGCGGUAAGCCAAUGGUAUCCAAGGAUGAAGGCGAUGAUGAAGAAGGAGAUACCAAGGAAGACGGCGACUCCAGUGAUAAGAUGGAUGAAAUGCUCGAUUUCACGAGCAAUUGGGGUCAUUCCGGUGUCAAGUCCUGA